GCGCGCGCCGGCGGCUGGCAGCCUCGCUCUGGCUCGCGCCGCGCCCCCGCGCCGAGUCCGCGCAUCAGUCGGUCCCGAGCGCGGCUGCGGGGCGGUGAGCUGCAGCCAGCCGAGCGCGCCGACCUGAGGAGGCGGCGGUGUCCGCGGGCGUCGCGUGAGGAGGGUCGGAGUUCGGAGCCUCGCGCAGCGCCAUGGCCCCCAUUGGUCUCAAAGCCGUGGUCGGGGAGAAGAUCAUGCAUGAUGUGAUAAAGAAGGUCAAGAAGAAGGGGGAGUGGAAGGUGUUGGUGGUGGAUCAGUUAAGCAUGAGGAUGCUCUCCUCCUGCUGCAAGAUGACAGACAUCAUGACCGAGGGCAUAACAAUUGUGGAAGAUAUCAACAAGCGCAGAGAACCACUCCCCAGCCUGGAGGCUGUGUAUCUCAUCACUCCAUCUGAGAAGUCUGUCCACUCUCUCAUCAGUGACUUUAAGGACCCACCAACUGCUAAAUAUCGGGCUGCACAUGUCUUCUUCACUGACUCUUGUCCAGAUGCCCUGUUUAAUGAGCUGGUAAAAUCCCGAGCAGCAAAAGUCAUCAAAACUCUGACGGAAAUCAACAUUGCAUUUCUCCCAUAUGAAUCCCAGGUGUAUUCCUUGGACUCUGCUGACUCUUUCCAAAGCUUCUACAGUCCCCACAAGGCUCAGAUGAAGAACCCCAUACUGGAGCGUCUGGCAGAGCAGAUUGCAACUCUGUGUGCCACCCUGAAGGAGUACCCUGCAGUGCGGUAUCGGGGGGAAUACAAGGACAAUGCCUUGCUGGCUCAGCUAAUUCAGGACAAGCUGGACGCCUAUAAAGCUGAUGACCCAACAAUGGGGGAGGGCCCAGACAAGGCGCGCUCCCAGCUCCUGAUCCUGGACCGAGGCUUUGACCCCAGCUCCCCUGUGCUUCAUGAGUUGACUUUUCAGGCUAUGAGUUACGAUCUGCUGCCUAUUGAAAACGAUGUAUACAAGUACGAGACAAGCGGCAUCGGAGAGGCACGAGUGAAGGAAGUGCUGCUGGACGAGGACGACGACCUGUGGAUAGCGCUGCGCCACAAGCACAUCGCGGAGGUGUCCCAGGAAGUCACUCGGUCUCUGAAAGAUUUUUCUUCUAGCAAGAGAAUGAAUACUGGAGAUAAGACCACCAUGCGGGACCUGUCCCAGAUGUUGAAGAAGAUGCCCCAGUACCAGAAAGAGCUCAGCAAGUACUCCACCCACCUGCACCUUGCUGAGGACUGCAUGAAGCAUUACCAAGGCACCGUAGACAAGCUCUGUCGUGUGGAGCAGGACCUGGCCAUGGGCACAGAUGCCGAGGGAGAGAAGAUUAAGGACCCCAUGCGAGCCAUCGUCCCCAUUCUGCUGGAUGCCAAUGUCAGCACUUAUGACAAAAUCCGUAUCAUCCUUCUCUACAUCUUUUUGAAGAAUGGCAUCACUGAGGAAAAUCUGAACAAACUGAUCCAGCACGCCCAGAUCCCCCCGGAGGACAGCGAGAUCAUCACCAACAUGGCCCACCUUGGUGUGCCCAUCGUCACAGAUUCCACGCUGCGUCGCCGGAGCAAGCCGGAACGGAAGGAGCGCAUCAGUGAGCAGACCUACCAGCUCUCACGGUGGACUCCAAUCAUUAAGGACAUCAUGGAGGACACUAUUGAGGACAAACUUGAUACCAAGCACUACCCUUACAUCUCCACCCGCUCCUCUGCCUCUUUUAGUACGACCGCCGUCAGCGCCCGCUAUGGGCACUGGCAUAAGAAUAAGGCCCCAGGGGAGUACCGCAGUGGCCCCCGCCUCAUCAUUUUCAUCCUUGGGGGCGUGAGCCUGAAUGAAAUGCGCUGUGCUUACGAGGUGACCCAAGCCAGUGGAAAGUGGGAGGUGCUGAUAGGAUCCACGCACAUUCUCACCCCACAGAAACUGCUGGACACGCUGAAGAAACUGAAUAAAACAGAUGAAGAAAUAAGCAGUUAAAAAAAUAAGCUGCCCCUCCAAACACACCCUCUCCCCGAAGUGCUCUGCAGCUCCCUACCAGCCCCUCUUACUUUGCUGACUCUCUGUCUGUCGCCUCCCCAGCCCUGCACGUCCUGGCCAGCACUGUUGCCACUGCGUUCUCUUGUUUAAUGAUGCCCUCUUCUAGUUUGAAACAAAAGAAAUAAUGCAUUGUGUUUUUUAAAAA